AUGUCACGCGUCGUAGCUGACUAUCCCUCUCCCAGUCACGAUACGGUGCCGUUUCGCUCUCCAACUGGACUCGGCCACAUGGAGCUCACCACCGAUCACGACCAACCGCCGCCGCCGUCGCGCCGCCGCUUCGGCCUCUCCCCCACACUCGGCCAGCUCCUCAAGCAAGUCGGCGACGUCCGGAAGGAAUCCACCGGCGACGGUGGCGAGACUCCCGACCACCAGGUCCUCGACCUCGGCGGCGAUUCCGUCCCCCGCUCCAUCCCCUUCGUCCUCUCCUUCUCCAACCUCACAUACAGCGUCCGCACCCGCCGCCGCAACCGCAUCGCCGCCGGAGACACCUCGGGUGUGUUCACCAGGACGAAGACGCUCCUCGACGACAUCUCCGGCGAGACCCGCGACGGCGAGAUCAUGGCGGUGCUCGGCGCCAGCGGCUCCGGCAAAUCGACCUUAAUCGACGCCCUGGCGAAUCGAAUCGCGAAGGAAUCGCUGAAGGGGACGGUGAAUUUGAACGGCGAGGCGCUCGAUUCUCGAUUGCUGAAGGUGAUCUCCGCCUACGUCCAGCAGGACGAUCUCCUCUACCCGAUGCUCACCGUCGAGGAGACGCUGAUGUUCUCCGCCGAAUUCCGCCUCCCGCGGAGUUUGUCGAAUUCCAAGAAGAAAGCCAGAGUCCAAGCCCUAAUCGACCAGCUCGGCCUCCGCAACGCGGCGAAGACGGUAAUCGGAGACGAAGGCCACCGCGGCGUCUCCGGCGGCGAGCGCCGCCGCGUCUCGAUCGGAAUCGACAUAAUCCACGACCCGAUCAUCCUCUUCCUCGACGAGCCGACCUCGGGCCUCGACUCCACCAGCGCGUUCAUGGUCGUCAAAGUCCUCCAGCGAAUCGCCCAAUCCGGCAGCAUCGUCGUGAUGUCGGUUCACCAGCCGAGCUACCGGAUCCUCGGGUUGCUCGACCGCUUGCUCUUCCUCUCCCGCGGUCGAACCGUCUACAGCGGGUCGCCCGCCCAACUACCCGGUUUCUUCUCGGAUUUCGGGCGCCCGAUACCCGAAAACGAGAACCGGACCGAAUUCGCUCUGGAUCUCAUCCGCGAGCUCGAAGGCUCCCCUGGCGGCGGCGGCGGCACCAAAUCCCUAGUCGAAUUCAACAAACACUGGCAAAUCCAAACCACAAAAAACGACGGCUGCUUGAUUAACCCUCAGAUCUCGCUCAAGGAGGCCAUCUCCGCGAGCAUCUCGAGGGGAAAGCUCGCGACCAGCGACGCCGCCGCCGGCUCGGCAUCGCUGGUCCCGACCUUCGCGAACCCGAUCUGGAAGGAGAUGGCGGUGCUCUCCGCCAGAUCGGUGACGAACUCCCGCCGGAUGCCGGAGCUAUUCGGCAUCCGGCUGGGAGCCGUGGUGGUGACGGGGUUCAUCCUCGCCACCAUGUUCUGGCACCUCGACAAUUCCCCAAAAGGAGUCCAGGAGCGGCUGGGCUUCUUCGCCUUCGCGAUGUCGACGACGUUCUACACCUGCGCCGACGCGCUCCCCGUGUUCCUCCAGGAGCGUUACAUCUACCUCCGGGAGACCGCGCACAACGCGUACCGUAGAUCCUCCUACGUCCUCUCCCACGCGCUGGUUUCGUUCCCGGCCAUUGCGUUUCUAUCGAUCACCUUCGCCGCGACGACGUUUUGGGCCGUGGGCCUGGACGGCGGGUUCUCGGGCUUUUUGUUCUACUUCUUCGUGAUCCUCGCGUCGUUUUGGGCCGGGAACUCGUUUGUGACUUUCCUAUCCGGCGUCGUUCCGCAUGUGAUGCUGGGUUACACGAUCGUGGUGGCGAUUCUGGCCUACUUUUUGCUGUUUAGCGGGUUUUUCAUAACCCGGGACCGAAUACCCGAUUACUGGAUUUGGUUUCAUUAUAUGUCGCUGGUGAAGUAUCCAUACGAGGCCGUUUUGCAGAACGAGUUUCAGGACCCGAACAAGUGCUUUGUGAGAGGGGUGCAGAUUUUCGACAACUCGCCGUUGGCGGCGCUGCCGGCGGCGAUGAAGCUCCGGUUGUUGAGGAAUAUAAGCGGGUCGAUGGGGGUGAAUAUCACGGCGACGACUUGUUUGACGACGGGGAGGGAUAUAUUGGUGCAGCAAGGGGUGACGGAUCUGGGGAAGUGGGAGUGCUUGGUGGUGACGGUGGCGUGGGGGUUUUUUUUCAGGGUUUUGUUUUACUUUGCUUUGUUACUGGGGAGUAAGAACAAGAGGAGGUAA